GAUUAAUGUAAGCGUUCCAGUCGGUGCAAGCGAUUUAAGAAGAGUCAAUAUCGAUCAAACGUUAGACGUUAAGUGUGGUUUGAUCUUCCUGCAUCUGCGUUUUCCGACGAGUCGCUUUCGUUGAUGCUUGCGGCGCUCUGCAGUGGCUAAGAUUGAUUUACGACCAACCGAAUUGAAUUACGAUUUAUAGAGACUAAAUAUAACGAUCGAAAAUCGAUCGAAUUUUUAUCAAAGGUGUAUCAAAGGUAACAUACUAUUUCAAAUAUUAUUGAUCGCCCGAGAGCACCCUAAAAGAUCGGGAUGGGACGUAUAGACGUUCUUGGAGAUGAUGUUGGUGAUUUCCAAGUGUUUGCUUUUAAAAAUAUAUUUAACAGUUAUAAAUUAGACAGUUAUUAUGACGACGAUACGAUGAUAACAUUAUGCCAUCCUUCCACGCUGUGGAUCUAUUGCCUAAGCUAUCUUUCCGAGGCCUAUCGCUUCAAUCGAUACAUACUUUGAAAUCUUUCCAAAAUCAACGUUGAAUAUAGAGAGGAAUAUAAGGUAUCUUGUUUCUCACAACAAUGAUCUUAGUAUAAAUAUAGUUAGUUUGAAUUUCCUAAUUAAUCAAAAAAUCCCAUUGUGAAAAUUAACUCAAGGAACAUGUCAUAUAAUUGAUGUUUGGACCGACUUGCACACCGCUAUGAUUCAUAGCGCACCAUCGAACUCUCGGACUAGCCUGGAGGUCGAGUGGCAGUCUGUCGAUGAUAAGGACAUUCCAGCAGCAAUUUCGAAUCCCUCCUUCCCAUUGGCAGUUAUUUAAAAGCCGUCCUUCAACCUCACCCACCGGCCAAGGAUUCGUUGGCAGUUGGAUGCCAAAUCCGAUCGACUUCGGUUCGAAAUCAUCCGAUUUUUCACUCUUUCGCGUCGAUUUAAAAUCCCUGAAACCCAUCACCAAACCCUCCAGUGCUCUUCGCCAUGAACCCUUCUCAAUAUAUCUUCUUACUCUUCGUUGGAACUUUCUGUGUCUAUGGAUUGUGGAAAACCAGUUCUCUUUCCUGGCGAACCUCCACGGUACACGCGAAAGCGUCGAUUCAGUUCGACCUCUCCAUUCCAUCGUCUUCUCCAUCCGUUUUCCGUCGAUUCUCUAACAAAACAAACAGAAAAACCAUCGGCAAAAGUCAUAAAAAGUAUCGUGGAGUCGUAUCCAAAUACAUGCUAGAGCUGUACCACCGCAGAUCAGACGUGGACAUAGUUCGAGCGUUAGAACCGAUCCAUGUGUCAGGUCCGACCAACGAAGGAGCCAGGAUUCUGGUAUUCUCGAUACCUCCGAUCGACCCAGACGAAGCUCUAGAGGUAGCAGAGUUGCUCGGCGUUGUUGGAUCCAUUCUCAGAGUGCGUUUAGAUCAUACGGACGCUUUUGGAAGCUGCAAAUCGAGGAGGGACGAUAGUUGGAGGGCUUUCAAUGUUACUUCUGCAGUGGCUGCAAGGAGUGGUAGUGCCGUCAGAUUCCGAGUAUACGGUAGAGUCGGUUAUCAUCCUUGCGGAGACGGCCCAAUCUUGUUAUUGAGCUACGCCAAAGUGAGGAAGAGGCGCUUAAGGCGUUCCAUUCAAGAAGAAGAGACGGACGAAGACGACGGUCCCCGAAGAAGACGUAAGAAUUCCUGCAGACGACGAUCUCUUUACGUAGACUUUGCACUGAUCGCGUACGACGAAUGGGUCGUUGCUCCACCCGGGUACGAAGCCUAUCAGUGCUCUGGGAAGUGCUUUUACCCGUUCGGCGAUCAUCUUAGCCCCACGAAGCAUGCGAUCGUGCAGACGUUGGUACACGGUGCUCUCCAGGCUAUCGAGGGCGGCAGCAAACCUGUUGGCAGAGCUUGCUGCGUACCGACGAGACUAGCGCCUACCAGUCUGCUUUAUCUGGAUGCCAGUGGAACUUUAACUUAUCAGUACGGCUACGAAGACAUGGUUGUUGCCGAGUGUGGCUGUCGUUAAAGUGUUCAAAAUAUAGGUUUAAAAUUAGGCAAUUGAGUAAGGAGAAAAUGAAUUUUUAUGAAAAUUAAGAUAGGUUCUUAAAGAUCGAAAGAAAAGACAUUUUUUAAUCCUUAUGUUUCAAUCAAUUUAUUCCAACGAUUUACUUUGCGUUUCUUUAUGCAAGAUCAACUUUUAUACCUCUUAUCUCAUAUUCCGACAAAUAAAUUAAAAUUUCUCCAUU